UUCUGUCUCUUUUUCUCCCAUUUUCUCUCUCUCCAAACACCAUCCUUUCUCCUCUCUCUCUCUCUGACACCACCUCCUCUCUGCAAACUUCACUGUGCAAGCCUUUGCUUGUCUUUCUCGCUUUUCUUUGUCUCUUUUCGCUCAAAAGCUUCCUCACUUUUAUAUUCUCUAUCGCCCUCUCCACAAUUACACACACUCAUCAGCUUCUGCCAGUCAUGCUUCAGAGCUUAGUUCCUCAAUCUCCAAUCGGCGCCGCGAACCCUAACAAUAACCCUAGCUCCUCAUCUUCCUCCAUGAAGACCAAACGCGUCGACCGCGACCUCGCCGGCGGAGAAUCAUCCGGCGAAGACCCCUCCUUCACCAAGCGCCCCAAUUCCGGCCGGAAUUUCUCCCGCGAAAAAACCUCAGACGACCGCGAGACGGAGCCGGUCGCCGAGGGCGAGUCGGCCGGUCUCAGACUCCUCGGGCUUCUCCUACAAUGCGCCGAGUGCGUCGCCAUGGACAGCCUCGACGAAGCCAGCGACCUCCUCCCGGAGAUCGCCGAGCUCUCCUCGCCGUUCGGAUCUUCGCCGGAGCGAGUUGGCGCAUAUUUUGCGCACGCGCUUCAGACGCGCGUGAUCAGCUCCUGCUUAGGCACCUACUCUCCCCUCACCACCAAAACCCUAACAUUAGCUCAGUCCCAGCGGAUCUUCAACGCUCUGCAAUCCUACAACUCCAUCAGUCCUCUAGUCAAAUUCUCUCACUUCACGUCCAACCAAGCCAUCUUCCAGGCCUUGGACGGCGAGGAUCACGUCCACGUCAUCGAUUUGGAUAUAAUGCAAGGCCUCCAGUGGCCAGGAUUGUUCCACAUCUUAGCCUCGCGGUCGAAGAAGAUCCGAUCAAUGCGGAUAACCGGGUUCGGAUCCUCGUCGGAGCUUCUUGAGUCGACCGGGCGGAGACUUGCAGAUUUCGCGAGCUCGCUCGGCCUCCCCUUCGAGUUCCGGCCCCUGGAGGGCAAAAUCGGAAGCAUCACCGAGCUGAGUCAACUUGGAGUGAGACCGGACGAGGCCACAGUGGUCCACUGGAUGCACCAUUGUCUGUACGACGUCACCGGCAGUGAUUUGGCGACGCUGAGAUUGCUGGGCUCGCUGAGACCGAAGCUGAUCACGAUCGCCGAGCAGGACCUGAGCCAUAGCGGAAGCUUCUUGGGGAGGUUCGUGGAGGCCUUGCAUUACUACAGUGCGCUGUUUGACGCGCUUGGGGAUGGAUUGGGAGCGGACAGCCUAGAGAGGCAUAUGGUGGAGCAGCAGCUGUUUGGCUGCGAGAUUAGGAAUAUUCUGGCCGUGGGUGGGCCCAAGAGGACCGGGGAGGUGAAGGUGGAGAGGUGGGGGGAUGAGUUGAAGCGGGUCGGGUUUCGGCCCGUUUCGCUUGGCGGGAACCCGGCGGCCCAGGCAAGCUUGCUGCUUGGGAUGUUUCCCUGGAAAGGAUACACGUUGGUUGAGGAAAAUGGGUGCUUGAAGUUAGGUUGGAAGGACCUCUCCUUGCUCACAGCCUCUGCUUGGCAGCCGUUGGAUUGAAUUACUUUGACCCGAUUGGGCGAUUGGGUUGCCUGGAUGUUGCGAAGGAGACCAACAUGAUCCACCACUUUGUUUAUUGGGGUGAGAUUGAUGAACACUGGGGAGUGAUGAAUUUGAUAAUUGGCAAACCAAUUAUCACAUGAUGUUGGGGAUCGGUGGUUGUAUUUGUUUUCACUUGGCUGUAAUUCUUUGAAGGAUAAAAACAAUGUAGUUAGUUUUUAUUUUUUAUAUUUAAAUUUAUAUGUGAAAAGAAAAAAGAAAAAGGAAAAAGAUCCAUAUCUGAUGGGGUCUAAUCUAUAGAUGGUGAAUUCAAGUGACAA